AUGUCCGGACAGCACGGUCGUUCAGUGUUUGUCAAUUCCUGCAUCAAGAAACCGCUCAGCCCGUCCAGCAAACGGCCGAACCCAUCGUUUCUAGUGCCGCAGUGUAGUUUCGAUCGUGGACUGCAGGAUCCCCGUGCACAGGAAGCCAUGAGUACGAUCACACGCAAAAAAGCAUCGAUCAAGUGCCCGCUGGCACGGAAUGGACAGUACCGGCGCUCCAAAUGUUGUUCCCUGACGCACCAGCUGCGCAAAGAAACGGACAGCUUUCAAACGAUGGUCCAAUUCUAUGACAGCAUUCCGGACUAUAACGAUCUGCUGCAUUUGCCUCGGGAAGAGUUUUACUGUCGGCUGAAUACGUUGAAAAAGAAGCAGAAGGAAUUGAAGUCGAUCUGUUUUGUGGGCGAGGACGAUAGAACCACGUGCCCACUGUCGCCGGAGCCAGGUGCUUGUUCCAGGCGGAAUGAUGUCCGAGGUCUUAACAAGCAUAGCUACCACAGCAACGUGAAUGAAAGUGCGACCAACAGUGGUGAUGGUGCGAAAGCUAGCGAACAGGGGACAGAGGACGGAGAAUCGUUGCAUUCUUGGAGCAAAUCUCCACCGACGGUUGUGGACGCUAAACACGAUGGUACCAAUAAAGCUGCUGAUACGACGCGCAAAGGAUCCGCCAAAUCGGUGCGAAUAGAAAGCACCAAGGAGAACAGUCUGCACGAUGAGCUCGGGCAGAGUAGCAGAAAGUAUCGUUCCGGCACACCGUACGUUUCCGAUCCGGACGAUAGCACUGCGACCACCAAAGUGGCAACACCUUCAUGCGCGACGCCCGCCAAUUCCGACUUUGUCGAACGAUACGAUCGAUACGUGAAGCGUAGCUUGCGCUGCAAAUCGGCCAGUCCGAUACGCAACCUUGCCAACGUCACUGUUCCUCAGCCGUACAAGAUGACGCAGCGGGAAGAGGAACAGCGUACCCUGCAGGAUUUACUGCUUGCAAGCAAGAGUGCAUUUCCCUCCAAGGAGGCGUUGGUCGAGUCUGCGUCCAAGCAGUCGGCACAAUUUCGUGCCAACCCCGUCCCAAUCACAUCGCGCAUACCGCUUUUUGAUACCAUUAUGGCAGACCAGGAGAACCGGAGCCGGCUGGCGAAGCUGAACUCCGAGAUCGAGCUACAAUCGCAGAUAAAACCUUUCCAUUUUUCGGAGCGUCUCAACCGUGGCCACAGCCGCUGUCUAAGCCGAAGUCUAUCGUCCCCGGCAUUACUGAGCACGGGGUACGAGUCGGGAAUGGAUGUGCUGCGGAAAUCGCGCCCCUUCAAGGCAAAACCAUGCCCGAAGAAACUGUUCAGCAGCUACUUUCAAACCAAAGCCUGGGAGGACGAAUACUUCCGACAUCUCAACAAACGAUUGCGGGCAGAGGAAAUGUUGAAGCAAGCGGCACUACCCCCAUCGAUGGCGCGGCGUGAACGGAGCGAACGCAAGAAUAGUCUCUCACGGCACUCGGCAGAAGAUCCCGGCAGGGAGCGGCCAACCUCCAACGGUGGAAAAACAUCGAAACGUAAGCGAAAGUCACGCAAACCGUUGAAGCGGCGGAAAAGUGUGGAGCAAAAGUGUGCCGAAUAUUUCACAUCCGUAAAUGAUCCGGCCAGGCUGCAUUACCCGACCAGCAAUUCCAGUUGCAGCAACAGUACGGAUAACAACCGAGGUUCAGGUGAUACACCGGCACCGAUAUAUCCGGUCAACAGACCGAACCUUGCUGCCACGCUACGCACGGAAUGGUGCCGCAAGAAGCUGCGCGACCUGGAACUCGACGAUACAGUGACGGAGAAAAAGAAGAUCCCAAGGUUCCGAUGGGGUGUUAAGAAAUGUCAAGCUUUUCAAAACCUAAACCUGGACCACACGCAUGAGGAAGAGCUGAAUCUUCGACUUGCUACUAGGCGCGCGGAACAGCGGCUUCGUCAGGAGGAACAUGCAAUCAACAUGGAGCUCAUGAGACAGCGCGUAAAGGCGGCCCCCUUAUUGCUGGAAGGUCCCCCACAGUGGGGCCCUCGGUUAGGGCAUGUGGCCCAUCGGUGCUCCAGCUUAAACCGUGAAUCGGAACACGCCCUCUACCGUAAACCGGACAAAGUGAGCAAAAUGAUUUCGCAGAAACUUGGUUCCACUGGUAAUGCGGGCGCGGCUACCGGCAGCAAAAAAUGUGACUCACCCGUUACAACGUCCACUACCAGUACCGGUAGCAACAAUCGGAUGGCGAACCAGGAACAUCGGCAAAGAACAGCCGAAAAGCGACGGAAUGCCGGUAAUGGUAGUAAGCUCAGCACCUACUCCUUCGAUUCGGCCGGUAAGCUAAGCUACAAGGCGUGCGAUAGUGAGCUGUUGAGCUUAUCGGAUGUCUAA